AUGAUGGCCGAUGACUUCGUCGUCGUCCCGAAACCUCGGAAGGGCAUUGCCUUCGUCGAGGCGCGAUUGAAAUCCGACUCCUCCCAUACCAGAAGGGGUUACGAGCAGCUCAUCGCCCAACUGGAGCGUGAGCUGAGGUGCCGAACGGAAUCCAAGACUGGUCCUAGCAUUACCCUCGACAGCGAUCUUCUCGACAACCCCAUAAUAAAACGAGGCGUACCCGACAUGUUCGAGUCGUUGCGCGUUGUUGAGUUACAGGGCUUCGCUCCCUCUGAGCGCAAUGUCCCGGUGCAUGAUGUCACCAUCAAGAUCAACAUUUACGGCUUCGACGACUCGCCCUCUGACCCCAGCGCCAGUCCUACCUCUGACGACGACACGGUCACCGUUCUGCCCAGCUCACACUAUGACGGUCUUUGGGAGCUCACGCUCGACUUCGAUGCUCUGGCCAGGAACGCUCUUGCUAAAUCGGACCACAACUUCAUAGUCAUCGUGGAUGACGUCGAUGAGGCUUUCAGCCACGGCCGACCUCACGAAUCCCAAACGCUCCUUGAUGACUACGUGCGUGGACUCGACUCUCUGGAGGCCAUUAUCAACGUGCUGGUCAUAUGCACAUCCAGCUCAAUUGAAACUUCUGACCAGCAGUUUCUUGACAAAUGCCUCGCUCGGCGUGCCUUGAAACCACCGUUCAUGGUCGAACGUUAUGAGAUCUUCCGUCAACACUUUGAUGCAUACAUGAGAGACAAGGUCAUCAAUUGCAACUUCACGCUAGCUGGAUACGAAAAGGCGGUUUCCAUGCCUUAG